AUGCCACGCGCAGUUCGAGGAGUUCUGAUUGAAUGCGAUCCUUCCGUGAAAGCGAUUAUCCUCAAAUACGACGAAGAACGACAUGACUACAUAGUGGAGGACCUGGACGAUGACCGCCAUCUGGUCAUUAAGGAGAGUCAAUUGCAAAAUCUGAAGAUCAGGCUGGGCAAGGACCUGGACGACAAGCUUAUGCAGCCCGACGAAUCGGAAUCCGAAUAA